AUGUCACUGUCUGAUGUUUUAUCUUGGCAUCCCGAGCUCCAGAGACGCCCGGAACGUCAAGACAGGUGCAGGACAAGGAUGUCUAAUCAAACAGUUAUGGACCAGUUCUUUAAUCUUCUCGACCAAACAAUGAACAGACUUGGUGUUACCGAUAAACCGUCACAGAUCUUUAAUGUAGACGAGUCCGGCUUUUCUGGUAAGGAGAUGGGCCGUGAGCGAGUGACCACAGCCAGGGGGAGCAUGCGUACCAGCAGUCGGUCUCCACUUCAGAUCACACAGUGUCUACUUUACUUUUCAGAUGAAGUGGGCCCUGGGCCCAUGGCAACCGUCACAGUCUGCGCCAGUGGCCGAGUACUACCCACAAUGGAAGUGUAUGCAAAGUCCCUCCCACACAGAAAUUACAAGGAGGGAGUGCCAGGUGACUGGCUAUUCGCUGCGUCAGAAUCCGGGUACAUGGACACCUACUUAUUUACAGAUUGGCUCACCAAAAUCUUUGUGCCAAACUGUGGCAGAGCAAGGCCUGUACUACUGAUUUUGGACAAUCACGAUUGCCACUUCCAACUAGAGCCAAAAUCUCUGGUUUGGCAACCAGGCUCGGAAUUGCCAAUAGCCAUAUUCCUCCUGAACCAUUCCAUUGACCAAGUAUGUUCCCCAGCGAGAGUCAAGGAAUCGUUCAGGAAGACUGUGAUCUAUCCUUUUGACCCAGAGGCUAUUGACAAGUCCCAGUUGUUGCUCCUACAUUCAUACUUAAUCCCCGUGUAUCUUGGCACCAUUCUGCAACCCCCAAGAGUCACAGUCCCAAAGAAAAGUAGCAAGGCAAUAAAAGUUGCACGUGUAGUUACUGGUAAGGAAUGGUGGAAAGUCUUCGGGAAAAAGAAGAAAGUGAGAAAAGGAGAAAGGAUGACAUUAAGAGAAAGAGUGAGGAAAGACAGUUGAAAAAAGCCGAGAAAGGGAGAAAAUGUUGAGGGAGCAAAAGAGGAAUGAAAUGGUCAUGUUGAGGAUGGAGGUUCAGAGAGAGAAAGAGCGAUUGAAAGAGGAACGUUGAAACAAAGAAAGGAAAAGAGAAAGAGAGCAGCGGAGCAGGCGACUGAAAGGAGGAGUGUGAGGAAAACAAAAGCGCGAGAGUAUGAAGGGUAUGAGAGUGAGAGUGAUCACGAAAGCGUGUGCAAGAAGUGUGGCCUGCUGGAUCCGAUUGGUGAGAGUGAGUGUGAGACUGAAUGGAUAACGUGUGACAGGUGUGAGGAGUGGUUUCAUGAUGGUGUGUAAGGAGAAAGGAUGGGGCGAUUUUGUGCAAUGUGUGUGUGAUUGAAAAAUAAACAAAGUAAAAUUUGAUGAC